UUCAGUUACCAAAUGCCAAAGCUAAUCAAUCGGUGGGCAAAGCAGCUCUUACCUUCGACUCACAAGCACGGCGGAUGACGAGCACGACGAGGGACGGCGGGCAGAGCGCUACUGAACAUAGUAAUCACGAUGACGGGUCGAGGCACCACCACUACGCGACUACGACGAAGAAUGGCGAUUGGCCAAUGGGGAGAUGACCUUGACCACGACGAACAGUCACAGAUCUCGAGUGCCACUGACAGCCACAGUGACAAGACUAGAGGCGGCGGUUGCGUUGGAGGAAGCUCGAGUUUGCUUUCACGAGAGGAGAAUAGUGACUUGAAGACUCGACCUGCAUCUGUUUCAACCAUUUCUUUUUUGGAACGACCAAUGGGUCGCACUAUUGUACAGAUAAUGGAGCAGGUUGUCAGCAAGUUGCAGGCGCUCAUGGAAUGGUCGGCCGAGCCGAGUUGGUAGCGUGAAUUGGCACGGGAUCUCAUUGUGCUGGGUUCCGUAGGCGCCUGCUUCACAAGUUGGGCCUUAUUAGAUAGGAUUUUUAUGGUGUGGAGCCUGGAGGAACGCACGAUAAUUGUUAUUUUCUGAGACAGAAAUAGAAAAAGAGAGAGAAAGGAGAAGGAUAUUCGAUUUCCAACUUGUCCAUCUCCGUUUGUCACACAACAACCGCACUUUCUUUUGUUCCGCCCGAACUACGUUGCCAAGCAUACUUGGGGAUUAAAGGGCUCCACUUUCCCAAUUGGCUCGUUCAGUCACUCUUCUAUCACUCUCACUCUCUCAAUGUUCUGACCUCUGCCGUCCGCCAUUCGCUGCCGGUCGUCUGCAUCUCCUUCGUCUGCUCGGCUACGCGCAUAGCCGCACGUCGCUCUCUACUUUCUGCUCUGCUUCUCCGUACUCUCACAGUCUCGCUCUCUGUUCUGCUUUGAUGCACGUCGAGUCUCUGCCACCGUUCGUCGUGUCCUCUACCGUCGUUCGUUCGCGCACAGCCGGACACGUCUGGACAUCCCUGCACGACUGCGCCGCUUCUCUGCCUGCACGACUAUGUCGCUUCUCUACCUGCAUGAUUGCGCCGCUUCUCUGCUCAAUUCAGGUAGCUGCCAAGUGUCGAGAUUUAGGAGCACGCAGUGGUCUUCCAUAUCGUGUUGAUGACCUACGCAUGGUUCCUUCCUGCAGUAGAUUUUCUUAGAGUUAUGCUUUUUUCCACAAUCAGAGAUUUCAUCAAUAUGUUUUUUAAUUGAAUUGUAUAUUAGCAACCCAAAAAGGAUAAUUGAAUUGUAUAUUAAGUAAGGUUCUGAAAAUGGGAUCGGACCGACCGAUUCGAUCGGAUUAACUGGGAACCGGUCAUCUAACUAGUCCGGCUGAUCUCUAAAACUGUUCUACAAAAAACCGGUUAAAAACCGACGGCUGAACCGGUGGUUAACCGGCAAACCGGCCGGAUUUUUCCAAGUACCGGUUCACUGAUCCAACAAUCAAAACGGCGCCGUUUUGAUUACAGAGGAAAAAACAAAAAUCCAAUGCUGAGUUAUCCCCUUUCUUUCUCUUAACAAACACACCCCUCACCAGAUUCUCCUAAACGGCGAAACCCUAUCAGAGCCACCAUCACCAUCUCCCCUUUCAUUCUGCUCUUCUCCUCGCGUCGCCAGAAGCUAAGGUCGGUUUGGGGCUGUUGUUGGCAUCGCCGUUUUCUGUCCGAGCUCUCUUUGUCGCUGCUUCUUUGCUCUUCACCGUUGGUCGUCGCCGCUUCUCCACUACUCGCCGUGGGUCGUCACUGCUUCUCCCCUCCUUGCCGUGCGUCGUUUCUGCUUCUCACCUCCUCGUCGUUUUUGUCUGUGGCCCCUUCUAGUCUCCCCGCCAGUCUUGUCGUUGCUACCUCUCUGCUCCGCACCGUGUCUCACCGUCGUUGCUUCUCUGUUUCACGUUACCAAAAUUCCCAAUUUGAAUUUCUCUGUCUCGUUGUCUCUAUGCUGUCUUUUCCUCUCCUUCGCUGGCAAUCCAGAUAACAUCAGACAGAAGAGGGGGAAAAAUGGUGAAAUCAUCACAAUAUGAAAGAUUUUCAAAGGAUUUUGUAAUGGGAGGGGUAGCAGCAAUCAUAUCGAAGAGUGCCGCGGCACCAAUCGAGAGAGUGAAGCUUCUAUUGCAAAACCAAGCUGAAAUGAUUAAAAGAGGGCAACUCAAGAAACCAUACAUGGGUGUGUGUGAUGGAUUUAAGAGGGUGUUUGCAGAAGAGGGUGUCAUUGCCUUUUGGAGAGGUAACCAGGCCAAUGUCAUCCGAUACUUCCCUACACAGGCUUUCAAUUUUGCAUUCAAAGGUUACUUCAAAAGCAUUUUUGGGCAAUCCAAAGAGAGAGAUGGGUACAUUAAGUGGUUUGCUGGAAAUGUGGCUUCAGGAAGUGCCGCGGGAGCAACUACUUCACUGCUUCUUUAUCAUUUAGAUUAUGCACGAACCCGAUUGGGCACUGAUGCAUUGGAGUGCCGUGCUACCGGUCAGCGCCAGUUUAAGGGGCUAGUUGAUGUGUACCGUAAAACCUUGUUAAGUGAUGGAGUUGUUGGCUUGUACAGGGGAUUUGGGGUGUCAAUAGUGGGAAUCACAAUGUACCGAGGGAUGUACUUCGGGAUCUAUGACACCGUGAAGCCUAUCAUUUUAGUUGGGCCUUUCGAGGGAAAUUUUUUUGCUAGUUUCUUCUUAGGUUGGAGCAUUACAACAUCAGCAGGGGUUUGUGCAUAUCCGUUCGACACACUGCGUCGGAGAAUGAUGCUAACAUCUGGACAACCAAACAAGUAUUAUAACGCAAGGCAUGCAUUUCGUGAGAUUGUUCGUCAAGAGGGUUUUUUAGCUCUAUUCCGAGGUGUUACCGCAAAUAUGCUUCUUGGUGUCGCAGGAGCUGGGGUGCUUGCUGGAUAUGAUCAGCUCAACUGCUUCUCAUCUAGGCACUAGUAUGCAGGUUCUGAGGGAGAGAUACAAUUUGAACCUAGAAAACCUAUCUACCAUUUAGCUUGACUUCAAAGUGCAAUUCAUUUAUAUUCUUGGCUGUGAAUAUUGUACAUGGUCAGACAUCCAUUAUUUUGUUACCACAAUUCAUUUACUUUUUAUAGGAGAUAAAAUGAUAGAAGAUAAAUAUUAGCAUAUUGUUUAUUCUGAUAUACGUACUCAAUUUCUAAA